AUGAAGCACGAGUCGGUUAAGCGGAGCCAGAAAGGCCAGGCUGGUUCCAGUUACCACAUACAGCGAUUCACGGCCCAGACCCGCGCCGAAGGAUCAACCACAUACGAGAGGGUUCUCGCCAAAGAUAUCAAGAACCACAAACAACAGGCGACGAAGAAGGGGUUCCCGGAAGCUUCCUUGAACGAGAACAGCGACAAAUACCUGGACAAGCUCAAAGACGAACACCACCACAAAAAGCAUUCCGGCAGCACGGACAAUGACCGAGACACAGAGUGUGGUAGUCCCUCGGGCACCCACGGCAAGCGGAAGCGGAAGAAGAAGACCACCGGAACGGGGGAACUGUCUGCACACACACAACCGAACAAAGCGGCGGAAAAUACCAGUCUCUCGUGCGGCCGAGGAAAGCGUAGACGACACGGAAAACUCAAUUGCGUGGAAGCCUACCCAGAACGGAUGACAGGGGACCAAGACAUUAAAUUCGAAAAAUGGUUGAAGGAAUGCGGCAAGAACGACUCCAAGGGAGAAAACACAAAGCCAAAGUACCACUCGCUCUGUCGUUGCCUCUUUGGAAAAUCCGUGUCGCCCCCCGAAAAUCCAUACUACGAUUACUUGGAGCCACGAUAUUACAUCGACCAGGUUUUGGCAAGCAACCAGCUGCCGAGCGUCGCGGUGCUAGAGGCUAGACUGUCAUCGUUACACGUCGACCCCAAAGGAGUGGACCCAUACUCCUUGGACGACAAUGCUAGCGCGGAACCAACGAGAUGGGGAAUUCCACAAGGGACAGACUCUGGGUACUACUCCUGGGAGAAGCCUGAACCACAGCCCGACCAGCAAUGGCCCCCAUUACCAACGUACGCGACCGACGCAGUGGAAGCCGAUGACGACAGCCGCGGCCCGAUGCCUCACAUACCGGCUGGAUUGGCUUGGCCGGCCCAAAACACGGGUCUCACAUUGAACGACCUGACUGUCUCCGGAACGUCCACCGAACCGUUUGCUUACCCGGAUGAAGUAGAUGACACCGAUUUCAACGUCGAUUAUGGCUCGGACGAGCACGAUGAAGGACCUAGUUAG